AUGUCGCUUGCUAAGAACGCCGCCAGAUCAACACUUUCAAAUGUUACAAGAUUUCUCUCCACUGGAGCUGCACCAGGCAAAUUCACACAGGUCAGCCUUCCAGAAUUGAAAUGGGGUUUUGGAGAAUUGGAACCUUUCAUAUCUGGUAAGAUAAACGAGCUACAUUACACUAAGCACCACCAGACUUAUGUCAAUGGUUUUAACAAGGCUGUGGAACAGCAGGCAGAAGCAUUGGCUACUGGUAAUUUCAAACAAGCUAUUGCAUUGCAACAGAACGUGAAGUUCCACGGAGGUGGAUAUCUCAAUCAUUGCCUCUUUUGGGGUAAUCUUACUCCACAGAAAAACGGUGGGGGUGAAUUGCCAUCAUCUUCUUCUGCUUUGUAUAAGAAAAUCAUUGAUGAGUACGGUUCAUUCGAUAAUUUAAAGAAGAUUACCAAUGCAAAAUUGGCUGGUGUGCAGGGUUCCGGAUGGGCAUUUGUUGUCAAAAAUACCGAAAACAAUACUGUUGAUGUCGUGCAAAGAUACAACCAAGAUAUUGUUAGUGGAAAUUUAGUUCCUUUGGUUGCAAUUGAUGCAUGGGAGCAUGCCUACUACUUGCAAUAUCAGAACAAGAAGGUUGACUAUUUCAAAGCUAUUUGGAAUGUCAUCAAUUGGGCUGAGGCUUCAAAGAGAUUUGAUGAGGUCUAA